AACGCUUUUACACGAGCUUAAAAAAAAUUGCAUUUCGCUACCACAUGAGAUUUUUAGUAGCUUUCUCAGUGAUGUGAAUUUAUUUAUCUUCACUUUCCAAACACCCCAUGAAAAAUGGUUUUAUGGGGAAAUCUGUGAAGAGAAAACAUUUUGCUGACUGGAAAGCAUUUUGACCAAGAUUGUCACAUCAGGUUUUAUUUAAACUGAGAUAGCUUUACGGUCAUAAAGCUUACGUGUAUGUUUGUGACUUGGACUUGAAUUCUCCCCAUGUCAGUGCACUUUAUGAUCAUAAAAUUCGACGUAGUUUGAUGUCGCUUGAGUGAUCAGCAGUCACCCUUGUUUUAUCGAUUUUCUAUACUCGACCAUUCAACUUAAUUAUAAUGGUGAGUCACGUGAAUGAUUUUGGCUCGACGAAAAAAUCAGCUGGACUGCCUGAAUAUGCCAAACCCAUCGAGGAUCAUCUGACGCUCUUCAUCCAGAUAAUUGGAAUCUGCACUGCCAUUGUUGUCUCUGGCGUUGGCGUUGACGUGGCGUAUCAUGGACAUGUGAUGGGGUUUUACGUUACGGGAGCAUCGGUUGUGAUAUUUUUUCUUGAAGUUACAUGGGCAAUCACCCUCUUCAUACAAAUUUGCGUCAAAAACGACGAGUCUCUUUGUUGGAACUGCUGGUCGAGCGUUCUAAUGAUAACGAGGGGUUGGCGAAGGUCUUUGUUUUACCUCCCCGUGUCCUGCAUUUUGGCCUGGAAACCAUACAGACUUUGGCUCUCCUUUGUUGCCGCUGGACUUUUGGCAAUUUUAGCCCUAGCUCACAUUGCAUCUAGCGCACUUGAUCGUCGUAGUUUUUGUCAGAUGAAUGGAGGUGUUGAUCAAAUCGGAGAAAGUCUUCUGCACACAAGACCAGAUUGCUACGAUCACUUUGAAGAAGUUUUAGUGACAGAAGUUUUGGAUGAUGGUUCGGGCGCCCAAGGACGUUACGUCGACAGCGAUGGGGAAAUAUGACACGAAAGACUGUCUUCGUGGGCCAGUGAUACCGACGAAGACAGUGAACCAGAAAAAAGGAUUUGUCAAAUCGCCACUUUGUCCUAGUCCCAAAAAAAAAGGAAAAAUUGACUUUUUAAAAACCCAGUUCCUAGAACUAGUUUUACCCUUUUUUAUCCCAUAUGAAACAAAAUUUCGACUUUUUUUAUCCCAUGUACCAAAAAAUUUUCGACUCUUGUACAAAACAGAAAUCUAUAUGUAAUUAAAGCUUCGCUCUAAAAUGUUUAAUUUCAAAAGGCCAUUAAUUCAAUUCUUAAAUAAGCCUUUAAUAAUCAUUUAUUUAAGUGAAUUGGAAUGACUAAAAUUAAAAUCUUAAAAUUGAAUAUUUUUCUAGAACUCCAACUCACUUUUAGAAAAAAGUUGUGUUUGUAACCUUUAAAAAUGUUCGAUUUAACUGAACUUUAUUGUUAUGCAAUUUUAUAAAGAAAUUAAAGUUCUGAAAAUGCAAUACAGGGUGGCCGCCAAAUUUCAUUUUCAAAAUUUCCUCACUUUUCCCUGAGUAAUUUGUUUAUUUUUCGUAAUUAUUGUUAUUUUAAAAAAUUAUAAUUUUGCAACAUUCU